GCAUUCCUUGGUAAAACACUGCACUUCACUAGUGCUCAGCAUCGCUCCCAGGGGGUGCACAGCUGCGUUUAUUAAAGGAAAGGCUGGGAAAUCCAGGGCACAGCAGCAGAAACCUGUCAGCGGGGAGGUGCCGGCCCAGAAAACUUAUUUCCGACUCUCGAGAGGGGAAGAGCGAUACCAGACCUCCGCGGCUCCGGCGUGUUCGCCACAGAACCUCUUCCCUGUGGCCACCACCAUCCUGCAGAACCGCUUCUUCUUUUCCACGUAAUAACCGCAUCGCCCCUCCGCCGGAAAGCCAGUCGCGCGCGGCGUGGGCACAGAAGACGCCAUACUUCAAGGCUCCCUUCAGGCGGCGAGGAACAGGGGAAGAGAGGAAAAGUUGGCAGCUUCCCGCGGGUCCCAUUCCCUUAACAAAUAUGGCCGCCGCGGGAUCCGCCACUCAGGUGAAUGCCCGGAACUACCGCGCCAGUCUUUGCAAAACCGGAAGAAGCCGAUGGUGGCCGGCGAGGUACACACUUCCCCGGCUUCCCUCCGUUUCUCUUUCCCCGCCUCCUCCGCGGAAGCCGAGCGCCAAACUCAAACUCGAGCGGAGGACCCGGACGCCUUUUACCCGUGUACCGCGGGCCGGGCCUGCUGGACUCUUCGGCAAGCUAGCCGGGGCAACAGUCCACCAUGAGCCAGGUUUUGUUCCAGCAGAUAGUCCCGUUGCAGGUGAAAUGCAAAGACUGCGAGGAGAGGAGAGUAAGUGUUAGAGUGAGCAUUGAACUACAAUCAGUUUCAAGUCCAGUUCACAGAAAGGAUCUAAUUAUUCGUCUGACUGAUGAUACUGACCCAUUUUUUCUGUAUAACCUUGUUAUAUCUGAGGAAGACUUUCAGAGUUUAAAAUUCCAGCAAGGUCUUCUUGUAGACUUCUUAGCUUUCCCCCAGAAAUUUAUUGAUCUCCUUCAGCAGUGUACUCAAGAACAAGCCAAAGAAAUUCCAAGAUUUUUGCUACAAUUAGUGUCUCCAGCAACCGUUUUGGAUAACUCACCAGCUUUUUUAAAUGUGGUAGAGACGAAUCCUUUUAAGCAUCUUACACACCUCUCACUAAAACUUUUACCUGGAAAUGAUGUGGAAAUAAAGAAAUUUCUAGCAGGCUGUUUAAAAUGUAGCAAGGAAGAAAAAUUAUCAUUGACGCAAUCUCUGGAUGAUGUUACUAGGCAACUGAAUUUCACACAAAAGACAUUAUCAGAAAAAAUCCAAGAAUUAGAUAAGCUGCGGAAUGAAUGGGCAGCACACACAGCAGCAUUGUCAAGUAAGCAUUCUCAGGAACUGACAAGUGAGAAGGAAAAAGCUUUGCAGGCACAGGUCCAACACCAGCAACAGCAUGAACAACAGAAAAAAGAUUUAGAAACACUCCAUCAACGAAAUAUCCAGCAGCUACAAAACAGAUUGUCUGAGUUAGAAACUGCUAAUAAAGACUUAACUGAGAGGAAAUACAAAGGAGACUCCACCAUCAGAGAACUGAAAGCAAAACUGUCUGGUGUUGAAGAGGAGCUUCAGCGAACUAAGCAAGAAGUCCUCUCUUUGCGAAGAGAGAAUUCCACCCUAGACGCUGAAUGCCAUGAAAAAGAAAAGCAUAUUAAUCAGCUACAAACAAAAGUGGCUGUUUUAGAACAGGAAAUCAAGGAUAAGGACCAGCUUGUUUUAAGAACAAAAGAAGCAUUUGAUACAAUCCAGGAACAAAAGGUGGCUUUAGAAGAAAAUGGUGAGAAAAAUCAGGUACAACUGGGAAAACUUGAAGCCACAAUAAAAUCAUUGUCAACAGAACUUCUUAAGGCAAAUGAAAUUAUCAAGAAGUUACAAGGGGAUCUGAAAACUUUAAUGGGUAAACUAAAAUUAAAAAAUACAGUUACUAUUCAACAAGAAAAACUCUUGGCUGAGAAGGAAGAAAAAUUACAAAAGGAACAAAAAGAAUUACAAGAUGUUGGACAGUCGCUCCUAAUUAAAGAGCAGGAGGUAUGCAAAUUACAAGAACAGUUAGAAGCUACAGUUCAAAAACUUGAAGAAAGCAAACAGCUUCUAAAAAAUAAUGAAAAGUUAAUCACAUGGUUAAAUAAAGAACUAAAUGAAAAUCAACUAGUGAGAAAGCAAGAUGUAUUGGGAUCUUCUGCCACUCCACCUGUACAUACUAGUAGCAACAUAAUCAGAAGUGGAAUUUCUCCUAACACUAAUGUGGUUGAUGGUAGACUGGUUUACCCUACUUGUGGGGUUGGUUAUCCUGUCUCAUCUGCAUUUGCAUUCCAAAAUUCCUUUCCUCAUCCUCUAUCUGCCAAAAACACCAUCCAUCCAAUUUCGGGACCAAAGGUUCAGUUUAACUUGCAAUUUACGAAGCCAAAUACAUCAGUAGGCGAUAUUCAGUCAGGAACAGCUGUUAGUAUGCCAUGUUCCACUGAUAAGGAGAAUGGUGAAAAUUUGGGGCUGGAAUCCAAAUAUUUGAAAAAAAGGGAAGAUAGCAUUCCUUUACGAGGGCUCAGCCAAAAUCUAUUCAAUAACCAAGAUCAUCAAAAAGAAGGCACGUUAGGAGCAUUGCAGACAUCUUCAAAACCAGCGGUCCUCCCUUCCACGUCUUCAGCCUAUUUCCCAGGGCAGUUACCAAACAGUUAACCCUAGUGUCAUACUUCACUGUUUAUCUAAAUUUUAUAAACUUGGGUGCUUUAAAUAUGUUAACUAUAUCAAAUGUUAAGCAAGUUCCAGAGUUUACUUAAGCUGCUCUAUUAGAUCGUUUGAUCCUAUAAGUAUGCUGCUGUUUAUGGCAGACAGUUGAGAGGAGCAAAUUUGUACGUGGGGAUUGGAGAUUCUGAGUAAAUGAGUUUAGUUUGUGAUUAUGGUGUUUUGUAAAAUAAUGGUAUGAAUGUUAUUAAACUAAUCCUUAAAAAGGAUUAAAAGUUCUAAGGAAAGAUGAUCUUUAUAAGGUAUAUUGUGAUCAUAUUGAAUGAAUAUCUGGGUAAAUUAAAACCUGCUCACAUGUAAUAUAUGACACCAAAGAAUGAAAAUAUCAUAGGCAAAAUGUUUUAAAUUUACCACCUGAGAAUUAUGUGGGAAGAUGAUUAUCUCCUAAGAUGUUUACAUUAAUUACUGCGUAAAGGGGAAAGUCCUAAAAUUACCUAAAUGAAUGAAUUAAUCAAUCCUUAAUAGCAUGGAAAUAUUUUUCUUGGAACCUUUAGCUGUUAUUGUUUGCUAAAUUUAUUGUAAAAAUUAUUCAGUGUAUAUAUAUGAUUAGAUUUAGUAUAAAAUGCUUUAGUCAUUUCACCUACAAAGUUUAAGGAUUUUAAUGACUUAGAAGUCAGUCUAUACUUAUCCCAUUUUUCUCUUUCAUUUGGAGUUUUACUAGUUUUUUAUGCACCUAAAUCUGUAUUAGUGAAAAUUUAUUUGAAAAAUGAGUACUAUAGUCUUUCCUGUGAGCAUCAUGAAUAUUCCUUGUAUUGUUUUCUUUGUAUCAGAUUGUUUGCUUAUUAAUAAAGUAGGCAAAAAUGAGUAACUUAGAAAUUACAACUCCUCUUCCAUAUUACUAAAAGUUUCAAUUAAGAAUUGUUACUUGGAAAACAUUGACUAAAAAAUUCACUCAGAAUCAUAGGGCCCCAUUUUUUCUUGACAAACAUCCCAAAAGAGCUUUUGCUUAUAUCUCUUACAUCAGUUUUUGUUUGCAAAGAUUGCUAAUGCUUGUGACCUGUUAAAAAAUUAUUUACAAGGAAAGACAUUGCAAGAUAGAUACUAGUGACAUACCAUGCUUUAUUGCAUUCCAUGGUAUGACAGACUCUGCUUAGUUUUUAAUGAAGUCAUCAUCUUGAGUCUUAUGAUACUUGCACUUGCAAGCUGUCUGAAACUAGGUAUGUAAUCUAAAGUUUAAUAACUGUAAUUAUGCACUGUUUCUAUGUAGUUCUUUGUUCAAACUAUAUUAGUAAAGAUACUCAGUUAUAAUAACUUGAAAGCACUUAAUUAUAACCUGAAAGAAACUUGUUGAUAUUAAAAUCUGCUUUCUUGUAAAUACUUGUAAUAUGUAUAAAAUAGUGAUGGGGGUUUGGUUUUUUGACAUACAGAUGGCUCUUUUUUAAAAAAAUAAGAUACCCUUUUCCAUGGAAAGUUGGGAGAAUUUCUAAAAGAUAGGAUAGAAAUAUUUUUAUAUCAAAUUGAAGGGUUUUUUGAUAUUAAAUGUAUAUAGACUUGAGUGUAAAUUCUUUGCUCUACCUCUUAAACUUAUUUGAAAUUGUUUUGCAGUGUAAAAUUGUACAUGUGUCAAUAAUCAAAAUGUUCACUUAAUGUAUUUCUGUAAACUGUGUGAGCUUUGUUAAUAAAGUAUUAAUAUUUGGGGAGUGAUGACAAUGUGAAAAAAUACAUAAAAAAACAGAAGUAGGACUGACAGACGUUUAUGCUUAAAAAAUUCAUUUCCAGUUAACUUCCAGUUAAGCAUAUUUUAUAGUGAGGGAAAAGAAAUGGAUUCAGAGUGAAGAAGGUAUAACAUUUUGUUACUACAAAAAUUAUGGUAACAAACAAAGCCAAAUAGGCCCUAUCGGGAGUCAAAGAUCAAGACUUUCUUUAAAAAAAAUCAUUAAAAUAUUUAAUUUUAUU